GUAUCACAGGGCUUCCUGGUUUGCGAGUGAAACCGCUGUAUUUCUGUUAUAAACUGUCAUAAAUGCAGACAGCUUUCGUACGUAAUAACUUACAUUUGAGUAGACGGGAUCCGCUACAACUACAGCUGCGAACAUGAACACGGAGAAGGACUUUUCGCCUCUGACGCCCAACAUUGUCAGGGCUCUGAAUGAUAAACUGUACGAGAAGAGGAAAGUCGCAGCUCUCGAGAUUGAGAAACUGGUGCGGGAGUUUGUGGCUCAGAACAACUCCACUCAAAUCAGACAUGUUAUCCAGAUCCUGGCCUCGGAGUUUGCGCUUUCCCAGCACCCCCACAGCCGAAAGGGGGGUCUCAUUGGACUGGCAGCCUGCUCCAUCGCCCUCGGCAAAGACUCAGGUCUGUAUCUGAAGGAGCUUAUUGAGCCUGUGCUCACGUGCUUUAAUGACUCAGACAGCCGUCUGCGCUACUAUGCCUGUGAGGCCCUCUAUAAUAUAGUGAAGGUCGCCAGGGGAGCUGUGCUUCCCCACUUCAACCUGCUCUUUGAUGGUCUUAGCAAGCUCGCAGCAGACCCAGACCCCAAUGUGAAAAGCGGGUCUGAACUUCUUGACAGACUGCUGAAAGACAUUGUGACAGAGAGUAACAAGUUUGACUUAGUGGCGUUUGUCCCUUUGCUCAGAGAGAGAAUCUAUUCAAAUAAUCAAUAUGCUCGGCAGUUUAUUAUUUCCUGGAUCCAUGUUCUGGAGUCUGUGCCAAACAUCAACCUGUUGGACUACCUCCCUGAGAUCCUGGAUGGGCUCUUCCAGAUCCUGGGAGACAACAGCAAGGAGAUCCGCAGGACGUGUGAGGUUGUGCUUGGAGAGUUUCUGAAGGAGAUUAAGAAAACACCCUCAGACGUGAAAUUUGCAGAGAUGGCCAACAUCCUGGUCAUCCACUGCCAGGUUGCAGAUGAAACAAAACUCACUAACGACCUGAUCCAGCUGACCGCCAUGACCUGGAUGAGAGAGUUUAUCCAGCUGGCAGGCAGAGCGGUUCUCCCCUACUCUUCUGGCAUCCUGACUGCAGUGCUGCCUUGCCUUUCCUAUGACGACAGAAAGAAGAAUACCAAAGAAGCAGCCAGUGCCUGUAAUCACAGUCUGAUGAAGCUGGUGACUCCUGAGGAUGACGAGGAGGAGGAGAAAAGUGAAAGUACAGAGUCGCCAACCAAGAAGGAUGGCCAGCCUAAGACGGAGGUAGACAGCAAUGAUAUGCUGAAUGCAUCACAAGAAUCUGUUGGGUUCAGUAACAUCAGCUUCUUCACUCCGGCCAGUGCAGACAGGCCUCAGGUCACUCUGGAUCUGGACGGUAUUGUUCAGGUGUUGGGCCGGCAACUCCACGACUCCUCCACUGGCAUGAUGACCCGCAUCGCUGUUCUCAAAUGGCUCUACCACCUCUACAUUAAGACGCCACGCAAAAUGUUCUGCCACACAGACAGUCUGUUUCCAAUGCUGCUGAAAACCCUGUCUGAUGAAUCCGACGAGGUUAUACUGAAAGAUCUUGAGGUGUUAGCUGAGAUCGCAUCAUCUCCUGCUGGCCAAUCAGACCAAGGCGGCUCCCGUGACAGCGCUGACAACAAACUGGUGCUCAAGGUCCCAGAGGGCGCCAAGCCAGGUCAGCAGCCUAUCAUAGGCUCCAAAGCAGCCGACUCGUCCCCGUCCACCCCCAGCAUGAACUCCUAUUUUUACAAGUUCAUGAUCAACCUGCUGAAACGCUUCAGUCUGGAGAGGAAGCUUCUGGAGAACAGAGGAGCUUUUAUUAUCAGACAGCUCUGUCUGUUGCUUCACGCAGAAAACAUCUUCCACUCUAUGGCUGACAUCUUGCUGAAGGAAGAGGACCUCAAAUUCGCCUCCACCAUGGUCCAGACGCUCAACACCAUCCUGCUCACCUCAGCUGAGCUCUUCCAGUUACGCAACCAGCUGAAAGACCUGCACACUCAGGAGAGCUGUGCUUUGUUCUGCUGCCUGUAUCGCUCCUGGUGCCACAACCCUGUAGCCACUGUGUCGCUUUGUUUCCUCACGCAGAACUACAAACAUGCUUAUGACCUCAUCCAGAAGUUUGGGGAUCUGGAGGUCACAGUAGACUUCCUGAUGGAGGUCGACAAGCUUGUACAGCUCAUCGAAAGCCCGAUUUUCACCUACCUGCGCCUGCAGCUGCUAGAUGUAGAGAACAACCCCUACCUGAUAAAGGCUCUGUACGGCCUGCUGAUGCUGCUGCCGCAGAGCCAGGCCUUCCAGCUGCUCUCCCACCGCUUAAGGUGUGUCCCUAACCCGGAGCUCAUGAGGACUGUGGAUGAGUCAAAGUAUAUGGACUCGAAACAGCAGGUGGCCUCCAAACGUGCUUCUCACACUCAGGUGGAUUACAAUGAGCUGCUCCAGCACUUUGACCGCGUUCAGAGCAAACACCUGGAGGUCCGGCACCAACGCUCCGGACGUGCCUCUGAUCACCCAGACAGGAAACUCAUGUGAAGUUAUUGUACCAUAGUGACCAAGAGGAGGGUUUAAGAAAAAUGCUAGGGACCUGCAAAAUAUAUACAUAUAAUCAUUCUGGAAAAGGUUUUAAUGUUUAAACCAAAAAGUAUUAAGUAUGAUUAAAAAGUCUCAGAGCACUGAAUAUACAUUUUCAGGAAACAAUGAUUUGUUUGUAAAUUAAGAAUGUAAUGUAACAUCAUUUAAAAAAAAAAAUAGAAAUCACAUUUAAUACACUUCAGCCUAUACACAUGUAAAUUACAUUGUAUUACUUUCUGUGAAGAUUUGGUGAAUGAACAUACAAUCCCAUAUGUCGCAAACAUUUGUGGUGAUUAUUUGGCCAUAACCUGUCUUUCUUUUAUGCCCUGUCAGCAGUCUAGAUUUCUUUAUUAACUUAAGUGUUAGCAAUGUUAUACAUAUUACACAGUAAUACAUAAACACAUUUAAUGUCCUAGUGAACCACAGUGUUUCACUUUGUAUCCUGCCGGGCAGUAUAUAUAGAGCAUGCCUUCAGAGUUGCCAUAAUCUCUUGUCAGCCAGAAAAGAAAUCUCACGUGAAGAGUAUUGACCCAGCUGAACUCAGAUUUAAACCUAGGCAGCCAUAGAUGACUGAACUCUGACACACAUUCUGGGUAGACCCAUGGUGAGGUACCUCGUUGUUUUUGUUGGUGCAGCUGACCAGAAAAGUCACACUUCUUUAGCUUUUAAUUCUGUGUCUUAUAUAUUAUUCAUUUUAUAUGUUUUUCUCUCUGUACAGUUUAAUUUUGUCUUGCAAUCUCGAAAGGUUCCCACUUUUGUCAUUGCUGUGUGAAAAUCAAUAAAGUGGUCCA